AUGGCUUUUCAAUUUAGUAGCAUAACCUUCGACUCGACAUCCUCCAAGUACCGUGUUAACUACGACAACAAAACAAUCGAGACAACGGUCACCAAAAAAGCCACCGUCGUUUCUCAAUGGGUGAGAGAAGUCAUGUUGGCUCAGGCUAAUGAGCCCAAAGUUGUGGUGGGCUUGGACGUCGAAUGGCGGCCCAAUACAGUAUCUUAUUUGACUAAUAAAUCAGCUACUCUUCAACUAUGCAUUGGCACCAAGUGUCUAAUCCUUCAACUAUUUUACAUGGAUGAAAUCCCACAUUCUCUAAAAAAUUUUCUUUUGAACCCAAGGUUUACUUUUGUGGGUGUUGAAGUUGAAAAAGAUAUAGAAAAGCUUAAGAAUGAGUAUGGAUUGGAUUGUGCUAAAAAUGCUGACAUUCGAGCCGCGACAAUAAGGAAAUGGCCUUCUAUGUACUAUAGGAAACCAGGGUUGAAACAUCUUGCAAGAGAUGUAGUGAAUCUUCAUAUGGAGAAGCCAUUGAAUGUGUGUAGGAGCAAUUGGGAUGCACAAGUGCUUACCGAAGAUCAAGUGCACUAUGCGUGUAUCGAUGCGUAUGCUUCGUAUAAGAUCGCUCACAAGCUUUUUCUUGAAUGAUUUUAAGCUUCGAUCUUGUU